CGGUUACAUACUCGCCGUGGUCGUCUACGUGAACGCCACCGGCAACUGGGACAAGGACGAUGAUUUGGUCGCAACGUUCGAAGUCAGCGCCGUUCUCGGAGGUACGGCCAGAUUGCCUUGUGACAUUGAACCGUCCACGCGAGAGGAUCGCGUAUACAUGGUGCUUUGGUUCCGCGAUGACGCGGUGAAACCGAUCUACAGCUUCGACGUGCGGGGCAGGCCUUUCAACAAAGCCCUGAACGCGUCGGACAGCAACGCGGUCGGGCCGAGGGCUUACUUCGAGACGAUCACCGAGCCGGCCGCGCUCUCCCUCGACGCGGUCCAGCUGGACGACGAGGGGAUCUACCGGUGCAGGGUCGACUUCAAGAAUUCGCCGACGAAGAACUUUCAAGUUAAUCUCACCGUGAUCGUCCCGCCGCACCAGCUCCUGAUUUACGACAGCUCCGGGGUGGAAGUGGAGAGCACCGCUGGACCGUUCCAAGUCGGCGUCGAGUUCGAGCUGUCCUGCGAAGUCAGAGGAGGCAAGCCGACGCCGGUGGUCACUUGGAUGGUGAACGAGAAGGAAGUGGACAGCAGGCUGGAGGAAACCGGGCGCAACAUAGUGGUCAGCAAGUUGAGGAUACCUCAGUUGAGGAGGGAGCACAGGAACACCACGUACAAAUGCCGGGCUUCGAACACGAACCUCAUUCCUCCGUUGGAGAAAACGGUCCUGCUGGAUGUUUAUCUGAAACCGUUGUCGGUGAAGAUCCUGUCGAAGCCGACGGUGCUCGAGACGGAGAAGGACUACUCGAUCGCCUGCGAGACCAUCGGGUCGCAUCCCCGAGCCAGGAUCACCUGGAUGGAGGGGAAUAGUAUUUACCACAGUGGCAAGGUGCUGGACGGCGGCAACAUCUCGGUGGUUCUUAGCACGUUGAUAUUCUCGCCGGUCCCGGACGACCACGGGAAGAUCCUCAAGUGCCGCGGGGAGAACCCGGAGCUGCCGGACGCGUAUCUGGAGGACUUCUUUCAGUUGAACGUGGUCUUCCCGCCGAAAGUGCAGCUGCACCUGGGCAGCACGCUGAACGCGGAGAAGAUCAAGGAGGGCGACGACGUCUACUUCGAGUGCAAGGUCAGGGCGAACCCGGAGCACCACAAGAUCACAUGGAGACAUAACGAAGGAGUGCUGACGCAGAACUACUCGGCCGGGGUCAUCAUGAGCACUCAGAGCCUGGUGCUGCAGAAGAUCGGACGCGACAACGCGGGCAACUACACGUGCCGCGCGAGCAACGACCGCGGAGAGACCACUAGCCCCGCCGUCACUCUGCGCGUCCAAUUUGCCCCAGUGUGCAAAGCGAAAGAAGUGACGAUAAUCGGCGCCUCGCUGGAGGAGUCCGUGAAGGUGCGCUGCGAGGUGGACGCCGACCCGAACGAGGUGGAGUUCGUCUGGGAGUUCAAUAACAGCGGGGAGAACUUCGAGGUCGCGCCGGCGAAGUUCGACGGGAAUAACGGGACGCUGAGCGAACUCAUUUACACGCCCGUGUCCGAGAGGGACUACGGCGCGCUGACUUGCUGGGGCAGGAACGUCAUCGGGAAACAGGAAGCGCCUUGCGUUUAUCAAAUCAUUCCUGCGGUGAAACCGAACCCGUUGAACAACUGCACGAUAAAGGCGUCGCUGAACCAAAGUUCCGAGAUCCUCGAGGUCGAGUGCGUGCCGGGAUACGACGGCGGCCUCAGGCAAGAGUUCCGGCUGGAAGCCUACGAGGUGGUCACGGGGAACCUGCGGGUGAACGCGUCCAGCAUAUCCGCGGAUGUCCCCUUGUUCCGCAUAGCAGUGGCGGACCUGCUUCCUGCCACCCAUUUUUACCUCGCCACGUACGCCGUGAACGCUAAAGGGAAGAGCGAAGUCAGUCUGCUCGAGGACAUCAUGCUGAGGGACUCUGAGAAGCACAUAGACAGCGGGAUCAGCAUGGCGCCGAUUUUGCUGCUUCUGGCCGGUUGCCUGAUGGCGACCCUCGUCACCGGGCUGUCGGUGAUGCUGAUGAUGUACCGGCGAAGGGGCACCACUUCCCCGGUGCACAUCGAGCCGUACAUGAAGCAGCCCAUAAUCACGCCGCCGGACUCGAGGAACAAUUCGAUGCUGGACGUGACGCACGGCGAUCACACCUACUUCGUCGAGUACACGCUGAAGCAGGUGACCGACUACGCGCUCAACAAUCAGCCGGACAUCAUCCAGUCGCCCCAAGUCGUUUCAGACCAGGAAAAGAUCAAACGCGAGCCACAACUGUUUCUACCGGUCAGACCGGACACCCUGUUCGCGCCGUACGACAUUCACAAGCAGGGGCUUCAGACGAACAGAUGCAACCUGAACCCAUUCUCCGCGAAAUCCUGGGAGCCCAUUAGCUUCAAAGCCGACCGCAAUUUGAUGAAGGAGAUCAUAAUCGCCAACUCUAUACCUGGUCCAGAAAGUUGCGUGUAAAGAGCCACGCGGAACAUAAGAACGAGCAAACAUAUCAGAAGGACCGAUUUCGAAGCCUAAACAAUCGUGAAUCCGUUGAUCGUGGACGAGUUCACGGUGAACGGGGGACGUGAACGAACUGCAACUGGUCCUACCGUCGAGUUUUCUUGUUUAAACGAAACCUCGUGGUUGGCGGAGCUACGGAUUACCGGGGACGAUCUAGGAAUCAUCGAGGCGACUAGUUGCAUACUAACUAAACGCUACACAUGGUGUAUUAUUCCAAGUUUAAUAUAUUUUGUGUCAAGUCUUAGAACGUUUACUUAUUCCACGACAACGGUAGAACUAAGCAACGGAAGUCGGUUAUUUCUUUCAUUUCAUUCGAUCUAUCUCAUCAUUACCGAGAGAAUCAUUUGUAUCUUCCGAAUAAUUGUAAAAGAACAGAUUUCCUAUUUACCGUAAGAAUAGUGGAAGUUCCGGUUUAACCCUUUGCACUCGAAAGUUUCUCACUUGAAAUGUUCAAUACAAUUUUCUAACUAGAUGUA